AUGGCGCAUUUACGGAAACCACGUUUGUCACGCAUUUUGGAGGCUAUGGAAUCUAAGAAAGAUUCCGUAAGUACUGAAAACCCCAAACUAAUAUCCAUGGACGACCUGGAUUAUAAUUUUUCACGCGAUGCAAAUCCGAUUACUGUCGAUACUUGUAGAUCUCCUUCUUUAUUACAAGAACAAGCACUACCUCAGUCCGUUAGUCAUACUAUGGAAGCUGAUGUUCAACCAGUUGAUGACGGAAUACCAAAUCCAUAUUUGAGCGGUACUGGUUUUCAAGAAUUAACUCCAGAAGAAGGCCUUACCAGACCAGGUCCUAGCAGUAGAGCAAGAUCCAAUUCAACUAGCUCGAAAUCAUCUUCAAGUUCAUCAUCAACAAGUUCAUCUUCAUCAUCUUCAUCUAGUGCGUCUGAAUCGGAUAAGGACUUUUCCCCUGAUGAGGCAGAUUAUGAUGCUGAUUAUGUACCAGCAACCCCACCUAGGCGUGUGUUAUUUAGCCCAACUCCUCAAAAUAGUAUCUCUGUACAACUAGUUGAAGAAAAUAAUUUGGGUCCUCCAGAACAAAACAGAACUCCGAACAAACGAAGGCGUAAAGGAUUUCCAAAAGCAUCCGUGAGGCAAGAUGCUAAAAGACUUCUACAUAGUAGCAAUAGAGGACCUAAACAUUCAUUUUCAUUCGAGAUUAACAAUAUUAAGCAUCGUAUCUGUAAAACAUUCUUCAAGAACACGUUGGCCAUUAAUAAUCGACCUAUUGCAACUGUAAUAGCAAAAAAGAACCAAGCGGGAACGAUUGAAAAAGAAAAAAGGGGUAAACAUGGAAAACAGUACAAAAUAAGCUCAGAUAUAAUUAAAGGAAUAAAAAACCACAUAGACUCAAUCCCAAGAAUUGAAUCUCAUUAUGUAAGACAACAAACGACUCGUGAAUUUAUUGAUGGGGGUAAAAACCUUACAGAUCUUUAUACCGACUACCAAACACAAUGCUUGAGUGAUGGUGUUGAAGCUGCUAAAAUUCAUACAUAUAGAAAAGUGUUUAAUGAAGAUUACAACAUUGGCUUUCACACACCUAAAAAAGACCAGUGCGAACUAUGCAUUAGCUUUAAAAACGCUGUUGAUAAAACAAUAGAAUUACAAAACAGAUACGACCAACACCAGCUUGAAAAAGAAUUAUGUCGCCAGGAAAAGUCAAAUGACAAAACAAUGGUUAAGGAAAACUACAUUGUUGCCUGUUAUGACCUCCAGGCAGUGUUGCCUCUUCCGAAAGGAGAUGUUUCUACUUUAUAUUACAAGUGUAAGCUCAAUGUUUGUAAUUUUACUAUAAGUGAAUUAGCGAAAGACUAUUGUGAUUGUUUUGUCUGGAGCGAGGUCGAGGCAUUAAGAGGAGCCAACGAAAUAGCAACGUGUGUUUGGAAGUAUUUGACAAAGAGGGCAUCAGAAAUAAAUGACAAUAAUUUACGAAUCACAUUUUAUUCUGAUAAUUGCUGUGUGGGCACACACAAAACUGUGAUAGAAAAAGCCGUUAAAAAGUGCUUACGUUCUGGUCCUGUGUACACACCAGAUCAAUACGUGACCAUUAUCAGAACUACACGAAAGAAAGGCAAUCCUUACAAUGUAACCGAAAUGUGCUAUUCAGACUUUGUUGAUAUAAAAAAUCUUACAGCGAUAUGCGGUGCUCAAUUUUCAAAAAAUACUGAAGGCGAAACAGUUAAAAUGAGUGACAUUAAAAUAAUGAAAUUUGAAAAACAUCAAGAUUUCAACCACGUUGGCAUUUAUUAUAAAACUUCCUACUCAGAUACAGAUUUCAAAGAAAUACAAUUCCGUAACAAUCGUUCGUCUCGAACACGUACUAGCACUGAUCUUCAAGAUUUCCAGUUGAAGCCUUUAUAUCAGUCUAGAUUAAAACUAAGUGAUAGAAAAAACAGCGACCUAAAGAGUUUAAUUAACAAUAAUAUAUUACCACAGAGUUACGCAUUGUCAUAUUACAACAGCAUCUUGUUUUAG